UAGGUUUUUUUAUUUAAUCUUGUGUACCAAUGGUAUGACCAGACGGCUACUAUAUAAAUCUUUAAACGUUUAAUGGUGUAUAUUCAAUCUCGUAAACUCAUUAAAAUAGCACCUAUAUUGUUUUAUUUUUACCUCUUUUUCCAAAAUCCCCUGCAUGUUGCGCUUUGGAAUCGUCUUGUGUCAAAGUUGACCGGGACUGUGCUGUCACUUCUUUGUUGUCCUCGUAUGUCCUCAAUUGGUCUCAGUAGAAGAGCGGCAUAUGUGAGGAAAAUACGGUUAUUUCCCCGGAGGAAGACGCCCAUUCGAAACACUCCUCGGUUAGUUAAAGCACGCCCAAGAUGGACAAUAAGAUGAACGGAUCCCUGCCUGUUGCCUCUGCGGAAUAUCUGCAAAAAUGGAUUCAGUCAGCUCAGCAAUUCCAAGCCCUCCAAGCCCAAUAUUCAGCCUACAACCAUCCGCCGCACUACCCAGAAUCGCAUACAGAGGGACCAGCAGCAGCUACACCGCAUAUCGUUCGCCCUCAGCCCAUAAUGGAGCAGCAAGAGCCUGCUAAUCUGACAAAACCCCCACCCAAAAAACGAGGCCGACCACCUCAGCCCAAGGAACCCAAGCCUCCAAAAGCCCCCAAAGUCCCGAAGGCCCCCAAGCCCCCGAAGGCCCCCAAGCCCCCAAGGCCCAAGCCCCCAAAGGAACCCAAGCCCCCAAAGGAACCCAAAGCCCCCAAGGCCAAACCGGGCCCGAAGCCCAAGAAGGGCGCUGAGGGCCAGGCGACUGACGGCAAGCAAGAGAAGAUCGAUGAGAGCUUCAAGAAGGUGAAGAGGAAAGUGGAUCGUUUCAAGGGCAUGUCAGAGGAAGAAGUGAUGAAGAAGACCCUGCCGGACUUGCUGGACUACAAUCUGGACUACGUCAUUAUUGGUAUCAAUCCGGGACUGAUGGCUGCUUACAUUGGACGAUGGUUUCCCGGUCCUGGAAAUCAUUUUUGGAAGUGCCUCUUUCUGUCGGGAUUCACCGAAGAACAGCUCAACCACAUGCAUGACACAACUUUGCCUGGCAAGUACAAAAUGGGUUUCACCAACAUGGUUGCCAGGGCAACGCCGGGCAGUAAAGACCUGUCAAGCAAAGAACUGCGCGAAGGGGGUAAAAUUCUGGUGGAGAAACUGAUGAAGUAUAAACCUCUCAUUGCUGUGUUUAAUGGAAAAUGCAUAUAUGAAAUGUUCUGUCGAGAACUAUUUGGUAAAAAACCAAAGACGCUAGAAUUUGGUUUGCAGCCGCACAAGAUCCCAGACUGUGAGGUGGCUCUGUACCUGAUGCCAUCCUCCAGCGCCCGCUGUGCUCAGUUUCCUCGCGCUCAGGACAAAGUGCACUUCUACAUCAAGCUGAGGGAGCUGAGGGACAGCCUGCGCGGCAUCCAGCGGGCAAGGGAGAUCGAGGAGAUCAAUUAUUCGUUCGACCUGCAACUGGCCAAGGAGGACGCUAAGAGGGUGGCCAUCAAGGAGGAGCAGUACGAUCCCGGUUACGAGGACGCCUACGGUGGCGCUUACGGCGUGCCGCCGGCCGAGGGAGGCCAGAGUCAGGCCAACGGACACUGUGCAUUCUCGCCAAGCCAGGAAAACAGUGCCGCAGAAGAUGGAGGACAGGAUGCGAGCGCGUCGAAGAGUUCCCAACUCCCAGAUGGAGAGCGGAUGACGCAGUUGAGUGCCGAUCAGAUUCCGGACACAUGCGGGAGAGAAGAAGAAGAUGGCCGAGGAGCUUGCCAGGCCUCUGCCGUAUGACAACCAAUUGUUACAGAUUUUUUUAAAAACUUUACUUCCUUAGUGGAAUAUAAAUGCCUAGAUAGACUUUGUAGACAUGUUGCAGGAUAUUUUUUCUGCACUGGUUUUAAAUUUUAGUUUGUGUUUUAAUGACCUCAAGGGGAGCCAUUUUACACACACGUGAAAUGGAGGGACAAUUACGUACAUUUUAUUUUUUUUCAGCUGUCCUUUGGGGAAAAUGGGGUUUGUACUUGGCAUUUCGAACCAGCUGUGGGCAUCAUAAUAGCAGAAAGUGGAGCAGGAUAUGGAUGGGAAAUGCUAUCUCAGCUAGCAUUGUUUCUUUUACCCACUGAUCUAAAAGAAAAGAAAAAAAGACUGGAUAGUGCAUACACAUCAAUGUAUGUGUGUUAUGUCGAUUGGUUGAAGCCACUGGCCGGCAUCUUGGUACUCCCAAAACGUGCGGAGGACAUGGUUUACAGGUUGAAUUAUGAUGGGUUUUUUUCCUCAAAGUUUGCCAUGUAGAAUUAAAACUGGUCGUGUGAGCUUGACAUUUUUUCAGUUCUGGUACCAUGAAAGAUUUUUAAUUCGACUUGGUAAGCCAAAAAAGGCUAAGUGCAAAGGAAAGACAUAGAACACCGUUACUACCUAGAAACCUUGCAUAUUACCUAAGGCCCGAUUUCCAUGACAUGUUAACUUUUCCCAAAAUACACUGUGAAGCACUAUCAUCAUAACAUAGCAAAAAAAAAAAAUUGUCAUAAAAACAUUAAAUUUUAAGUCAGAUAUGUUUUUGGAAAUAAGAACUCGCAAUGGGAAAAUACAUCCUAAACGCAUUGUUCAUUUGUUGUCUCUGCGACAUCCUAUUUCAGACGCGCAUUUGAAAAUCAAAUUCAAUUUGCAGAGUUCUGUAUUAUGAAAUUCAUCAAAAAUUUCACAGAAAAUGUGUUUGCUUAUCCACUGAUGAAGUUUGGGGAAAAUAUUGACAUCGCUUUUUCGCGAAAAACCGUCGGCUUAUAAAGGCAAAGCAGAGAAUGAACAGUGAACAACAACAACAACCGUAAACAAAACUUUGUUCAAGUGAAGUAAGCUCAUCAGAAAAUAAAAACAUAAAAAACCUUUACAAACAAAUUUUAACAGUGUUAAAGUAAAUCUUUCUAACUUACCUGUGGAAUGUUUUCUCACAGCCACGAAACUGGCGAUUAACGCUACACAGGUCGGCAUGGUUGUUUUGGGAGUAUCAAGAUGGUGGAUGGCGACUUCAGUGUUGGUGGCCAAUGAGCCGUCCAGUCCAGUUUUUUUUUUUUUUUUUUUUUUUUUUGCUUUUACCGUUGACAUUCCAACUCCCAGCAGUACUCGGUGAAAUCGAGUAUUGGGUCACAUCUCUUAGUUCAGAAAAUGUUUUGUCUCAACACGUUUGUUCUUUGAAUGAGUGGACAAAAGUAAUGAGACAUGCUCUGACCCAUUAAUUGAGAGGUGUGUACCAAAUUAAUACAGUAAUUUUGUCUACUUUGCUCUCCCCAUUUUUAACCGUGUUUACAUUUGCACUGCACGCUUAUGCAGUAAACAACUGAGCAUUACUCUACUGUUUUGAUCAAAGGGGUGACGUCAUCAUUGAAAAUUACCUCAGCAUCCUUUAAUCAGUUUUUUUUUGUAGAAUCUGUUUCUGAAAAUGAUGUUUCGUCCAUUAAAAAUGUUCUGAUGGUGCUUUUUAUACAUCAUUGCACUUUUUUUUUAUUCUCCCACUCAGGUAUGCUUAUUAUAAUGAAAAAAAGUGUCUUUAGCGUACAUUACAUGAUCCUCUUGUGGGAUGAUGAAUACAAAAAGCAUAUACCUGUACAUAUGUGUAGUCC